GGUAGUGGCGAUGGUAGGAUCCGGUGUAUUUGGUGAAAACGUUACGUCGGUCAAAGUCACACGUCACAUUCUCGCAUCUCGUCUCGCAUCUCGUCUCGCAACCCGUCGGUUCCGAUCAUUCCGACGUGAGCCUGGCCGGUUGGUAGGUUGGUUGGUUGGUUGGUUGGUUCGUUGGUUCGUCCUUUCGCACGUUCAUGCCACCACGAUGAUCCUAGGGGAUUUGGUUGACGAGCAAGAGGAACAGAGAAAGAGAAUAACCAAAGGUGGUGGGGAUAGUAGGGUUGUGUUGGAUGAGAAACAGAAAGGUGGGGGGUUGAAACGGAGAGUUGGAAGCGCGCGAGCGCUUCAGUCGACGCUGAAACCUUCGAACUAAAAGGACGUGCGUGCGCGUAACAAAAUUAUUAUCAUCAUCAUCAUCAUCGUCGUCGUCGUUCUAAUUCGGCUGGGUUUCUUACCUUAUCCUUUCGUUAGAUUCGAUGUCGCUCGUCGUCGCACACAUAUCUGACUUUUUCGUCCAUAAAACCCUCGUUAAGGGACCUCCCGGAGGAGGACCCCUUUUUCUUUCCUUAAGUGCGUCGAACAAAGUUUUUUGUGAAAAGAUAAGAAAGAAGAAGAGCACUAACGGUGUACUUAGAUUUAGUGAAUACAUAUAUAACGAUAGAUCGUCAUCUAAUCGUUCAACGGAUUCAAGUAAUUUCGGAUUUGUACUUUGAAAACGAUCGUUUUUUUUCAACGAGGAAGAAGGAGAGGGUAACCAAAAUACAGCGCUUUUGAGCGCUCUUUAAGAGAUGCUGGCUUCUAACACUAAUCAGUAUCUAUGUCCGGAUUAUCUAACUCCUUUGCCAACUACGCUGGAUGCAAAGAAAAGUCCUCUCGCUCUUCUCGCGCAGACUUGUAGUCAAAUCGGAGCGGAUCCACCGUCAAGCAGAUCCCUGUUGAAUAGUUCGGACAAAACUUCGAAAUCGUCUAAAUCUAAUCGAGAUCAUUCCCGCGAGGGAAGUUCACCAUCGAGAAGAACACCUACGAGCGACGUUAUUAGCAGAUCGAAUUCCAAAAAUUCUCACGAAUCUUUUGGUCGCGAAAAAACGUCCAGUCCAGAAGAUCAACAACGAUCGGCAUCCAGUCAUUCAACGUCCGCUCGUUCGAGAACACCAGGAAAUAAUAAUAACAAAAGAUGUUCGAGCAAUCAGAGUGCUUCCUCGGCCCGAGCAGCGACUCCGCAGGGAAGAAAAACGACUACACCGGAAGGUGCAGUAUACCUAAGCGAACCGAGUCCAAGCGACGGAAUCUCAACGAGUUCCUCCGUUCGAGGAACUCAUCAUGGUAGUCCUACGAUUAGGCCAAAUUCUUAUAGUCCUGCCGGAGUAUUGGCCAUGACAGAUCCAUCGAUAAAGGAUCUACCGCUCGGUACCUUCAAAAUCGGUCUACCUCCUUCGACAAGUUCAGCUUAUCAUUUAGCCUAUGGUGGUUCGCAAUUGCCAAUAGACGUUAUGUCGGCUGGUAGCUCGCUAUUGUCACCGCAUCAGCACGCGCUUAAAAGUGGACUUAUCGGUAGCCCGACGAGUCCCUAUUUGGCUUACAGCAGCCGUUUGAAACCAUCGCCUAGCAGCGGAACCGACGCAUCAUCGUCCAUAGGUCUCUGUCGGGAUCCCUAUUGCACCGGGUGUCAAUUGAACUCUCACUUAUUGGCUGCCGCGGUGGCGGCAGCGGCAGCUGCGGCGACAACCACCGGCACGAGUGUUUCUUCGCAAGCUAAACUCUCAACGAGUCCUACGGUUCUACCUCCCUCGACAGUUACUUCUUCCUCUACGUCUUCUUGCCCGUCUGGUUGCGUCCAGUGCGAUCAUAAAUCUGGAUCCGGGUCGCCUUACGGCUCAGGAAUGUCAACGGCUGCCGCAGCUAGCGUAGCUGCAGCUGCAUACGCCCACGCGCAAUUGAGUGCCCUCGCUGCAGCCUCCCAGCUUCCAUAUGUCUGCAAUUGGAUGGCCAGUGACACCGUCUACUGUGGCAAACGUUUCGCCACCUCGGAGGAGCUCCUUCAACACCUCAGAAGUCACACGAACGCUUCCGUUCCGAGUUCCGUUAACAGCACGGACCCUUCCAGCGCUACAGCCGCUGCCGUGGCCACUGCAACGGCACUUUCGAUGCUCUCGCCUCCGUUACCGCCACCUCCCCCGCAUUCCUUGGCCCUGCCAUCCACCCACCCUUUUUUUUCAAGAACCUAUCCUACACCUCCGCUCAGUCCACUCGCCACAGCGCGUUAUCAUCCGUACAGUAAACCCGCACCACCUAUGUUACCUCAUUCCCUUUCGUCUUUUGCUUUCCCUCUACCUCCGACCCACCCCGCUCACGUCUUACCACCACCCCCACCUCACCCACACCCGCAUCAUUACUUCUCGCCGUACUCGUUUUACGCUGCACCAAGGCUCGGGGCAGCAUCUGGACUUCAUCAAUAAGAAGAACAAGAGGAACAGAGCCGCCCAGCCAUUGUUGAAAAAGCCCACGACUGUGAUUUUUUCUCUGCAAGGAUGAGCGAGAGAGAAAUAGAGAGAGAGAGAGAGGAUUCGAGGAGAUUACAUUUUUGUCUAUUAAAGCCCAAAAAUACGGGUACGCUUUUUUACCUCAUAUAUAUCUAUUAAAUUUUCAAAUGUAUGUAUUUUUCUUGCUCGUUCUCUCUCUCUAUCCCGUUUGUAUAUUUAUCUCUCUUUUCCUCUUUCUCUCUCUCUCUCUCUCUUUCUCUUUUUUGCUCACAUGCAUAUACGCGUACCUUCGCCAUCUUUUCUAGAAAUUUGUUCAUACGCAUUUUAUCGUUGUACGCGUUUCUUCGUAAAGUUAAAAAGAUUUACGACGAUGUCAAAGAAAUAUUCAUAAAUUUCUGUGUCCAUCUAUCUUUUUCAGAAGAAUAGAAACACUGGGUAUAUUGUAUAUGUACAUAAAUAUAUAUAUAUAUCGAGGAUCUUCUCGAUUUGAUGGUACAAUCGGAAAAGGGUAUCUGCCCCAUACAGGCCUCACUUACGCCUACAUCUAACAAAUAUCACCGAUAUAAAUAUUGUAUGUUGAAUAUAACAAAAUAUAAAAUUGGUGAUGUUAAUAAAUAAUAGCAUAUAAAAAAAAACAGUAAUUUACAAUAUAGUCACGUAUUACGCGUAUAUCACCCGAUAAAUCAUCUUCAACAUCGAUUUAUUCGGAAAUGAAGCCUUGUACAAAAAAAAAAAGUUCACUUUAUUUUUUCAUGUAGUUUUCAUUCCCCUUGUAUCACUAAAUCUGAAAUAUCCUCUGUACGUAUAUAUGUUACUGUUAAUUUGUGAAUUAAGCGUCAAAACUCUGAAAUAACUAUACCGACCUGUUGAAAUGUGAAACAAGACAGAAAUUACCGUACAUAUUUCAAUUAAAUAUAUAAAUUUAUAAGAGGCGAGUAGUUUUGAAGUAUGAAAUGCAAGAUAUUCUUUAAUUUCAUUUCAAUACUUGCCUAUACUACACCGUUGUAAAUCCGAAAACAAAAAAUAUGUAUUUCUUCGUUUUAUGGCCUUCCAAACGAAAAUAAUCUAAUCUCGAAAUAGGGUUUCUUUAUUGAUUUAAGGAAUUAAACUAGAUUUCCUUCGAAAACUAUGAAAACGAAAAUAAAAUAAAAUAAACGCGAACAAUGAGUGCUUGUAGUUAUUCGUUCUUAUCUCUUUCUAUCCUUUGAAAACAGAUUUUCUGUCAGUCGUACUGUUUUAUCGACUUUGAAAACGUACCUAACACCACGUUGAAAUAAAAUUGAAGAAUAUUUUUCAUCUCAUACUUCAACUAUUCGAAUAUCUUGUAAAUUCAUAUAUGAUCUACUUAUUUCGGAUUUAACUGAACUAUACAAUAUAAUGGUAACAUAUAUAUACGUUUAUACUUAUGUACAUCGUACCGCAUCUAUUUUUGCGUAACCAAAGUUUUAGUAUGUAUCGCGUGACGCCUUUUAACUUGCGUCUUUCGAUAUUCUAUUAAAUUAAAGAAAGAAGCGAAGACCGAAUGUUAGAGAAAUAUUGUCUGUAAAUAGAUUUAUAUAUAUAUUAUUCUAGUAUGAUAAAAUUAUAAAAAAGAAAAAAAAAAAAAAGAACGAAUUGCAAACACUGUAAAUGUCGAGAUUUUAUCGCCUAGACUCUUGUAUCUUCGAUCGAUGUGGUGGGAUUUUUGUAUUUUUCAAGUUAUCGUUGUUCUAUGUUAUUUGAUCUCACAUUGAUAACUUUUUAAAAUCGAAAUACGAGAAACCUAUUGAGAGAGAGAGAAAAAGUAUAAGUUGUAGUUUUUUUUUGUUACCUUCCUCAAAUUUCCCCGAGGAUUUUAUUGUAAAAUUUGGAAGUAACCAUUUUUGAAUUAGUAGCAUUUUCAAAUAUCGUAAUACGAUUCUUUAUUAAAAAAAAAAAAAAUCGUUCCUUCGAGAUGACUAUGAUAAAUUCUGAAAACAUACCGAAUGACUUGAAACGUUACUACGCUUUACAACUCGCUCGUAAAAGCAUGGAAUCGAAGAUACGUCAAGGAUUAGGAUUGAUGCAGCUGACGGGACUCACAAUGGGCGCCUUUGUAACGAUCGUUCGUUCCUUCGGUUCGUUCGUUCGUUCGUUCGUUUUGACGCUGCCGUUAUCUCGAAAACUUUUAUUACAAAAUUGAAAUAUAAUCUUAAAAAUGUCUCUUUCGUGCCUUAGUAAAUGGUAGUAAAUCGUGAACCUAUCUACCGGGAAUAAUAACAAGUUAUAUAAGAUAGUAUAUACAUUAAGAAGCGCACGCACAUGCUCAAGCACACGCAUACGGUAGACACAAAAAAAAAAAAAAAAAAGAAAAUAAGAAUCGUAUAAAGAUUAAAACGGAUUAAACAUUUGAUAGGACGAUUCUCAUAAAUAUUAAAACAACGUAAAUCGAUAUAUAAAAUAGCGUUAACUUAUCGAUGCGAAAUACGAAUAAUAUAUUAACCACGCAGAUAAGCGAAAAGACGCGAAUUUCGUGGAACAUAUCGAAGAAAACAACAACAAAAAAAGAAAAAAAGAAAAGAAAAUAAAAUAAAAUAAAAU